GGCGGCCGCAGCUCGAGCCACCGCAUCUUCACCAACCAUUAUCGGCUGCCGCUCAAAGGAGGGCCCGGGAGCUCUUCCCCCGCCGCUUCCACCCUCGACCCCAUCAAGCCCCCGAGCACGCAGUUCCCCGUGCACGAGUGUGUCUUCAAGGGGGACGUGAGGCGGUUGUCGGCACUGAUCCGCACGCAGGGCAUCGGUAACAAGGAUAGUCACGGGAAUACUCCUUUACAUCUUGCUGUGAUGCUGGGGAAUAAAG